AUGAAGGCCUCAAUCAUCCUUGCUCUACCUGCUAUCGCCGCCGCGGCUGCUACUCCUCAGGUGAAGGAGCGACAGGUCCCAACUGUCUUCGACCCUGAGUGUCUUCUCCAGAUCACUGGUAUCAGCGUUUGCCUCCCAAACCUCGACGUCAACAGCGUUGUUGGAAUUGAUGAAGUCGCUCUUUGCCCUGUUAGACUUCUUGCCCGCAUCCUUCGCUGCAUCAACGUCGAUGGUGUUACCAAAUAA